UGGCCUCGUGACACGUGCCACAUCAAGUAACUCAUUGACCUUCUCUGAGACUGGAGUUUGAUCUCAGAUAUAUAAGGAACCCUUCAGAUGGACCAUCAUUCUGCAGGCAAGAAGCUUUGCUGUUGCCACUUUUGAGCAUAGAAAGCAUGGCAUUGCAUCGUGUGUGUGGAAUAUUUGUAAUCCUCAGUGUAUGUUUCAUUUCUAUCACACCACCUUGUGAUGGAGGAAACAUUCUGGUGUUCCCUGUGGACGGCAGCCACUGGAUCAAUAUGAAGAUCCUCAUGGAAGAACUUCAUGCCAGGGGACACAACCUCACUGUGAUUAGGGCCUCCACCACCUGGUACAUCCCAGAAAAGUCUCCUCUCUACACACCCAUUACCUUUGAAAUGAAUGUAGAUUUCAAGGACUUCUUUGAUAUCUACCUACAGGAGUAUAUGAAGGCGCAGAGAGAAGGGGCCUCAGCACUUACUUUCUUCAAACUCACCAAGCAGUUCCUCGCUAUGGUUUCUAAGGCUCAUGAAAUUUGGGCUGAUGCUCUCACUCAAAUCUUUGAUGAUGAAAAUAUGAUCAAAAGCUUAAAGGAUUCCCAAUAUGAUCUUGUUCUCACUGACCCGGCUGUAGGACCAGGGGUUGUACUAGCUAAGUAUCUCAAACUACCUAUUGUGCUCAACGUUCGCUGGAUUACCAGCGGAGAAGGCCACUUCAUCAUGGCCCCCUCACCGUUCUCUUACAUCCCUGUCCCAGGAUCGGGCUUAACACACAAAAUGAAUUUCAUCCAGAGGGUCAAGAACAUGCUCUUCUACAGCAUUAUAGUUGUCCAGCAGAAAUUCCUGGUGGGGCCGAGCUAUGAUGCCAUCUGUGCUAAAUACAUUGAGGGUGGAUGCGACAUUAUCUCGCUUCUUCAGGAAGCAGACAUUUGGCUGUUCAGGUCAGAUUUUGUGUUUGAAUUCCCUCGGCCCACAUUGCCAAACAUUGUCUACAUAGGAGGGUUCCAGUGCAAACCGGCCCAACCUCUGCCAGCAGAUCUGGAGGAGUUUGUUCAGAGUGCUGGGGAGCACGGAGUCAUCAUCAUGACUCUGGGAACUUUGGUGAACGCGUUGCCCAAAGACCUUGCAGAUGAAAUCGCUGGUGUCUUUGCCAAGAUGCCUCAGAAGGUGAUAUGGAGGCACAAAGGGGAGCGUCCGUCUACUCUGGGCAACAACACCCUGAUAGUGGACUGGAUGCCACAGAAGGACCUCCUGGGCCACCCGCAGAUCAAAGUCUUUGUAGCUCACGGAGGAACCAACGGAGUCCAGGAGGCCAUUUACCACGGGGUCCCUGUGCUCGGCAUACCCUUGUUCUUUGACCAGUACGACAACCUUCUACGUCUGAAGGAGAGAGGAGCCGCGAAGAUCAUUGAGCUAAUUGAUGUUAAUGGCCACAGUUUUGAGCAAGGUAUUAAAGAAUUGCUCCAUCAAGACAGCUACAGACAGAACAUACAAAGACUGUCCCGCUUGCACAGAGAUCAGCUGAUGGCUCCCAUGGAUCAGGCCAUCUUCUGGGUGGAAUAUGUGAUGCGCCAUAAAGGGGCUCCUCACCUGCGUACAGAGGCCUAUAAGAUGCCCUGGUACUCGUACUACUGCUUGGAUGUACUGCUACUGUUGCUGACUGCAGUGACUGUACUGCUGCUCUCUACUUUGGCCUUUUUCAGAUUCCUAUGCUGCAGAGGUAGAAGGACGACCAAAGCCAAACAACACUGAUUAAGGCUGAAUUUGUUUAGAAGUAUGCUACAAUAAAUUCUCUAAAACACUGUAUUUAGACAAAAAUAUACAUCUCAAGGUAUCUCAUUUAUAUCUAUUUAUUAUUUAUGGAGUUAAAUGAAAAUUAGUCAGUUUAUUUAACCAUAUUAAAUUUAUAUAUGGUUAAAGAAAUGUAACCAUUUAAUUGUUUCAACAUUGAUUGUCAAACGUAUUUAGAGAGAUCUAAAUUUCAGUCUUAAAAUACCCACAAAUCAUUUGUGAUAGUCUGAUCUUGGGAUAGUCAUUGUCAAGUGCACAUAAUAGACUUUAUAAAAAUGGAUAUAAGCAAUGCUGUGCAUGACCAUACAAAAGUUCAUUGAACAUGCUCAUAUUUUUGGUGAACUACGACCUGAAUGCAUUAGUUUGUGUGUACACAGAUCUGCAAAUGUGUACAGAGAUCUGUAAAUCUGUACACAGAUCUGUACAUGCGUAAGAGAUCUGUAAAUAUGUCCUUUAUUACGCUUUUACAAAUUAUUUUACACAUGUACAAAUCUGAUUACGCACACACAGAUUGAGAUACACAUUUGCAGCUAUUUUGCUACCAUAAUGGCCCCAUACUAAUGUCAGUUAAGACAACUCAGCUGCCUGUACCACUGAAGCCAGUUCAUGUGGACAUCUGAAAGACUUUUAUGAACAACUCUGUACAGAUUCCAAUGGAAAAAAAUCACUCAUUUAUAUGUAAAUUGUGCCUACCCAGUUUGAAAAUACAAGCCCAAACAUCAGUCAACAUUGGACCAGUCUUGGGAAAUAUCUGUGGAUGAAUGAUAAUCACAAGAAAUCAUUAACAAAGACCACAAUUCAACAGCCACAAAGUUCCCCCACCCUCCGCCCAAGUCAAACUCACAGCAUUUUUGUAAAUGACCUGGUUGUUUUUUCCCAUAGUUCCUUUGUCUAAAUCAUAUGCUGUGCAGAACUUAAAUCACAACACAUUUACAGUGACUAAUUGCCAGUGACUGCUGUUGAUGGAGCCUGUACCAGCUCAUUUGGAAGCAUAUGAAUUUUAUAUUUUAUGUUUAUGUAUUGCUACAUAAUUUGGUUCAUGCAGGUUAAAUAAAAUUGCAUUUAAUCUACAGUAUAGCUUAACUGUAUCUCUGUUUUUCACCUUAUGCAUAAUAGGAUACAUUGUUUAAGUGGUAAAACAUACCCACAUUGUUUUUUCUUGGAUUUUAUGAGUAAUCUCUGUCUGUGAUUCUGUAGUAUAGUAAUUUGAUUAGUUUGGGAAGUGAGCAGUGGCAAUGAUUGAGGGCUGGGAAUGGAUGGGUGGAAAAGGUUUUAGGACUACUUAAAAAAGAAUUUAAAGAACUUAAAAAAGAAUAGCUUUAGUUGGUUUGAGGUCUACUGUUUUAAAGCCUGGAGUUUGGCAUUGUGGCCACUGCCAUCUUGUUGUUUGGGUGCCAGAACUGACCAUAUUUGGAUGAGAAGGUGGAGCUGACUGAUUAUUUGUCAAUGAUGCAUUGCUACACCUCUAUCCUGACUGAAAGUUCAUGACUUGUCAAUCAAAACCCAGCUGGCCACCAACGUCAUAAGAUGUUGAUAUUUGGUUGAAUUUAGGUUGUGAUGUCAGGUGACCAAAAUUCAAUGGCAGGACAAAAACUAAUGCCAAUCUCUAUUUAAUGUAGACUGACAACUGAUGAUGUUUAUAUUUUGUUGGGUUUAAGUUAUGUUGCUGAGUAACCGAAAUCCAGUGUCUUCCAAAUGUCUCAUUCCAACUCACAUUUAUUCGUAAGGUAUGGAGAACAAAACUCAACCUCUGCAAAACACCCAAACGACUUUAAAUUCAAACAGUUAGACAUUUAAAAUAUUGUCGACCUGACAUUCAUUCCAACCAAAGUUUAUUGUCUGUCUGUUAGAGUCCAACAUCUUUCUGAUGUCAUACUGACGUCCACUGCCAGCUGGGAAGGUAGCCAUGCUCUAAAGCAUACCCUGCUUUAUCGUUUAUUGUACUCUAAAUGAGACCAUAAAUUACAAAAUGAACUUCAAGCUGUGCUGAAGAGAAGACUUGAAACUAACGAUUGAGACCAUAAAGGUAAUAAUUCAAGUCAGUUGUAGAGUCAUUUUCUCUUUGACUUGUAUACUACUGGACUUCUUUUUGCAACCAGUGGGGCUGCCCACCUGCUUGCCAUUAGAAAGAAGGCAGGUUUAAAGUGUUUCUGCACUGGCUUUACUUUUCAGACCUGGGGGUUACCUGCUGGUGUGUACCUGCUCUCUCUUAAUCUGAAAAAAAGAAAGGAGGCAAAAAGAGGUAUGUGUGUCUGUCACACUGACCGAGGUUCCACUUAUCCAGACUGAUGUUUAUUCUAUUGGACACUUUAAGGGGCCACUAUGUCAUUUUCCAAAGGUGGUUUUCCACUCAUAAAAACUACAGACAGCAGUCCAUCCAGUGAUGAUUAAUGUAGUUAAACAUUUUUACUUCUGAUCUUUGAUCUUUCCAAAAGAU